AUGCACGAAGGUAUCUGGAAGGUGCUUUUCAAGGCCAAUCAGUCGUGGUCGAAGAUGACCGAGGACCGCGGCUAUAACCUGAAUCAUCCCACCAGUUCGGCGUCGAUGCUGGCUGCGACCUCCCAUUCUGCCGAAGUCUCCAAACUGAAGCAGAUGCUGGAGCAAGCCGAUGAAGAGCUCGGCCGUGUCAAAAAACAACUAGAGGACAAGCAAGGACCCGCGGCCGAGGUGGAGUCCCUCAAGAACGCUCUAACCGAGGCCCAGAAGAAAGCGGAGAAGGAACAAGCCGCCCGCAAAAAAAAUGAGUCAAGGGCCGGGAAGGUUCAGCAGGAGCUCAAGGACGCCGCUUCUCUGUUGGCGGCGACCUCCCAGGCCGCUGAAGUCUCCGAUCUCAAGCGGAGGCUGCAGCUGGCUGAUGAUGAUAUCGACCGCAUGAACAAGUGGUUCGAUGAGGCGCAAGGCAGUGCGGCCGAGGUCGAGACCCUCAAGAGUGCCCUUGCCCAAGACAAGGAGGAGGCGAAGUACGAGGAGAGGGUGACCGAAGCGGAGCAAGAGCUCAAGGAUGCCGCCGGCAAGUGCGAGUCCUUGGAGAAGAAGAAUAAGGCCCAGGCGGCCGAACUCGCCAAGGCCCUCCAAGAGGCCAAGGAGGCGCAGACCGAGUCCUGGGCGGCUCGUGAGGAAAUCCGGCAGUCCGAACAGAUAGCAGCUGACGCAUUUGCGGAUCUUCCGAAGAGUGCCGCCGACGUCACGCAGUUCUUCCGGGCCCAAGCGGGGCACACGACGGAGAAGCUCUUCUGGUCACAGUUCGCGGCACCGGAGCGUCCGGCGCUGUUGAACAACCUGAUGAUGCAACUGGCAGAGCUGAACAGGAUGUUCGGAUUGGCCAUGAAGGACAUCAUAGUCCGGCUGUGGCCAACCGAACCCAUUCCUAGCAGCUACAUCGGCCUGGUGUAG